UACAGUCAGGAUCAGCUUUAUUCGCCAGAACUGCGAGCACCAAGAUCUCAGGGCAGGUGCACAGACAGAUAUACUGUAGGUCAAGGGACAGAGCAACAAGACAGACACCUCAGCACAGACUCGGCUAUUCCUCCUUUUCAUUUGGACAGGUCUGGUCCAUCCCUACACUGUGACCUCCUCGCUAAGCCAUCAUGGCCUCACUCUGGGCACAGGGCUUCCUGCUGGUCACCAUAGUGAUGACGGCCGCUCGGGGGUCUGUGGAGAAGGAGCUCCCUUCGGAGUGCAGGGCGUUCCUGUACAUGGGCACUCCCCCCGUGGGCCUGGAGAACCACUCGCUCCAGAAGAUCUGCCAGCGCUACAACAGCAAGGCGCGGUAUGUGACACUGUAUGACACCACCAACCAUGUCCCCGUCUACUCAGCCUACGUCUUCAAACGCUCCGAUGGGGAGAAGAGGGUGGACGUGCCCUGGAUGUACGAACCACAGCUAUCCACAAUGUCUGACACCGGAGACAUGCAGGCCUUCCCGCGUGGCUACAUGCACAGGAACUUUGAGGACGCCCAGGCGGUGCUGGAUGACUACACCAAUGCCGUCUUCUAUGAGCGUGGCCACCUCAACCCUGACGAGCACCAGGCCGACCCAGACGACAAGGCCUCCACCUACACCCUGACCAACGUGGUGCCUCAGGUCAGAGAAUUCAGCACCAGUGUCUGGAAGGUUCAGGAGCACAUCGUCCGCAGGCGCCUUAACAACUACUGCCGCGGAACCGCCUACGUGGUCACCGGCAUCGUCACAUCCGGGAACAUGAUCCGGCGCCAUAACAUUGACCGCGUGGCGGUUCCCAAGUACCUGUGGUCGGCCUACUGCUGCACUGACUACGACCACAACGCACCCUUUGGCGAGCGCUACAAGUUCCCAGCCUUUGCCCACUAUGGCCUCAACGAGAAUGAGAACAACCAGGUCCUGGAGCUGUCCGUCAAGAAAUUGGAGGAGUUCCUUCAGAGGUCCACUUUUGUGGACAAGAAUUUCCAGAUCUUUAUGGACGACUGUGUCCAGCCUCCUUCGGCUUUGCAUUAAGUGGGCUACAUUCAGCAAGAAAACAAUAUGGAACAUUUCUGAUUUACAGUGCCUACAGAAAGUCUACACCCCCCUUUUCACAUUUUGUUGUCAUUUGUUCAGAGUUUGAUCCAUAUAGAUUAUAUUUGUUUCAAAAGGUGCAACAAGCUUGACCCCAAAAGCGGUAUUAUGCAGCUGUUUGUAUUAAUUUAGCUGGGCACUCCCCCCAUGGGCCUAAUUUAGUUAGUCUUCGACUCGGACAAACAGUCCCAUCCUAAUUUAUGGACUCCACAAUCUAGGGUUCUCAGAAGACUGUAGGCUGGUUUCAAAAUGAUUUAUCUGACCGUGUACAAUGUAUCUAAUCAAUUACAAUAUCUUGUAUACAAAUGGCCCCUUGCUACUGUAUUGUCAACCCUAAAACACAGCUUUAAUAACACCCAACAUGCCUUUUGGAGCCUACCUCAACCUUCAUGCACCCCAAACAUCUAUGCACUGCAUGGGUCUGAGUUAGAGUACAAAUAGGGAAGGAAGAUAAAUUAAGCAAUGUUGAGCUAAGUCCUUGAGGGUCCUUGAGUGGUCCAAGGACCUUGACAGAGCUUGAACAGUGUGGUAAAAUGUAUGUUAAAAAUUUGUUUUAGUUAUAAUUCAGUUUUUACAUGUUUUUCCAGGCAUUUAUGCUUCAUUGGAAAGGAAAGUGGUGAAAGAUAGAGGAGUUCAACUGAAUGAGUACCUCUGAUCAACUGUGAGCAUCAAUUAUCCCAAAACCACAUUACCUGAAAUAAAAAUUUCACUUCCUGCUAAACACCAGCAGUCUUCAAAAAAUUUAUUUUCUCGAUUCACAAAACCCAUGUAUGUAUUCGAUGUAUGUUUUUUCCAUUGCAAUCUAAAUCUGAUUGAAUAAAGUUUACAGAUUCCAAAAGUAGGAUGACUCAUUCCAACUUACAAUACUACUUGAGUGUUGGUCAAAACAUUUA